CGAAAACAUUAGGUUAAUUAAAAUAUAUUAUCAACUAUUUGGAGUUUUAAAAUGAAGUUGAUUUAAUAAAAAAAAUCUUUUUCCUAUUAAUAAAUUCUUGUAUACACUAGAGAGGUAAUGUUAAAUAGAUCAAGGUCUGAGGGGACGUCAAUUCACCUUAGUCCAAUCGAGAAGGUCAGAAGAGCAAGUUAGUUCAGCUUAGCUUAAAUCUCGUCAGCAUCCAUUAUCAGUGAUAUUUCUGUCAGCUGUCAAGUGUAUUGCAUUUUCAUUAAUACAAAAUGGCACGAAAAUUUUUCGUUGGUGGUAAUUGGAAGAUGAAUGGUACAAAAAAAGAAAUUGAUGAAAUAGUUGCAUUUCUCAAAGCCGGCCCACUGGAUCCAAAUGUUGAGGUUGUCGUUGGCGUGCCGUCAAUAUACUUAAAUUAUACGAAGGGAAUUUUACCUAGUAAUGUCUCCAUAAGCGCACAAAAUUGUUACAAAGUGCCCAAAGGAGCUUUUACUGGUGAAAUUAGCCCUGCUAUGUUAAAAGAUAAUGAGAUUCCUUGGGUAAUCAUUGGUCACUCUGAACGUCGUAAUGUCUUUGGAGAGAGUGAUGAAUUAACUGCUGAAAAAGUAGCUCAUGCACUUGAAGCUGGUAUCAAGGUUAUCGCUUGCAUUGGUGAAAAAUUGGAAGAACGUGAAGCUGGAAAAACAGAAGAAGUUGUUUUCAGGCAAACUAAAGCUAUUGCAGAUAAAAUUAAAUCUUGGGACAAUGUUGUAUUAGCCUAUGAACCAGUAUGGGCUAUUGGUACUGGUAAAACUGCAACUCCACAACAAGCCCAAGAAGUUCAUGAUAAACUUAGAGAAUGGUUCUCAAAGAAUGUUAGUCCAGCAGUAUCUGAAUCAUUACGGAUUAUCUAUGGUGGAUCAGUAACUGCUGGCAAUGCUAAAGAUUUAGCUAAAGAAAAAGAUAUUGAUGGAUUCUUGGUUGGCGGUGCUUCAUUGAAACCAGAUUUUGUUCAAAUUGUUAAUGCUAAGCAAUAAUUAUAAUCCUGUCAGUUCAUAGAGUGACAGUGGUAUUAUAAGAAAUUUUUAUUUAACAUAUUGUUCGAAUGUAAAUUAGGAAAUCGUAAAACAAUAUUUAUUUAUGAAGAAAUGAAUCAUAUAUUGGAAAAAUUAACAAUACAUUAUGCUUAACUAAAAUUAA